AUGCCAGGGAAUCAAGGCCUCCGUUUCCCCUUCCAAGAUGACGACCUUAACGAAGAUGACCUAUUCGUCCCCUUCUCAUCAAUGAGACUCGAUCUACCCUUAGAGGACGACCCCAGCAUCAGCUUCGCGCUCGCCAAUAUAGACGUGAGCGAUGACGAGGGUGAACCAAUUCCCAUGAGUCCCAGCCAUCGCUCGGUUCCUGGUAUAUUCACAGGAAUCUUUUCCAGACCCCGGUCAGCCCGAAAUACUGCUUAUCAGCAAACAAGAGGCUCCCUCGCGGAUAUAGUGAACAGACUUAUGCAACUCGAGCGCCUCGUUGGCCAUCAUGGAUCCGCUCCGAUACCAGUCGCGGUCCGUACCCAACUACUGCCGUUCGAUGAGGCCCCGUACCAUAACCAGCCGCCAAAUUGGCAGACCCACCACGAGUACUUUCUUUGGUCGUGUCGAGGUACUGUCUCCACCAUUACGGACCAUCUUCAGGCGGUUUUCCAAUUCUCGCCACCGUUGGCGAAGUCGUUCGUGAGGGCUAAGCUGAAUAAUCACAACGCUUUGAGGCAAUUUGAAUUCCUGCAAGAGUACCUUCCGGGUGAGUCCCACUCAAUGCAGCGCGCAGAGGCUCGUAUAAUUCUAUGGGAGACAGGUAUUUCGGACCCAGAUGUUCUAGAAGGAAGACAGCGCAUGGAAAUCCCCCAAUUCAGUCCCACAGACCAUCGAUACGAGAGACCUAGGAUGCCGCACGGUCGACCUCCAUUCACUGACUGGGUGCAUAUUCAUGAUAGUUAUCUCUUGCUGUUCUUGGGCCAUCAUCCUCACGUCUUCUUGCGGCAGUGUCAUUGGAUGUUCGAUUGCCAGCCGACGGAUCAUUUUGUUUCUAUUAGGAUGGCUCAGCUUCCAUUUUUGGGCAUUUCCGCAGAGGAUAUUAGCGGAGCAUUGGUGACUUUAAAGCGGUUUGGUUCGCCAGCAGCCGCUGCUGAAGAAGGCGUUUUGGUUGUUUGA